AUGUGGACGGGCGAAGUACUAGUCCUCUUCUUCGGCUGGGAAGUACUAGUCCUCGCUGGGACGUGGGAGAGACACGAGGCCUUGGAUCGAGAUGGGAUCGUGAAUUUGUUCUGGACUCCGGAUUUGGAGAAUGGGGUGAUCACGUUCGAGCUGCAUGCGAGGACUCGGGGAUGGGUCGGAUUGGGAUUCUCGGCCAACGGUGCCAUGGACGGAUCCGACGUCGUCGUUGGGUGGAUCAAGGAUGGACAGACUUUCUUCACGGACCGACACGCAGAAGGGAAUCAGCCUCUGGUGGACGGGAGCCAGGACUACGAACUCCUCUUCGCGUCUGAGGACGAAGACGGACUGACCCUGCGAUUCAAGCGUCGCGUCGACACCUGCGACGAAGACGACUUCUACAUCACGAGUGACACGUGCAGCCUGAUAUACGCGUACGGGGAGACGGAUCCGGACGGGGAAGAUCCCUUCUACCACGGGCGGGACCGUUGCGGCGUGAAGUCCGCGAAUCUCCUCGACCCGCAAAUCGAGCUGAGGAACGACAUCGUCAUCCCGCCCUCGCCCACCACCUACUGGUGCAGCCUGUUCGAGGCACCAGCCAUCGACGCCAAGCAGCACGUCAUCGGGUACCGCUCUCGAGUCACGAAGGGGAACGAGGCGUACGUGCACCAUCUGGUGGUGAGUCUGUGCAAGACGAACGAGAGCGACGCGGAGCGCUUCGAGCAGUUCCUGCGGGACCAUCCCCGUGGUGCCUCCUGUCACCGCCCGGAAGUGGAUCUCCUCGUCGGGAAUUGCCAGGGCGUCCUCAUGGGCUGGGCCGUCGGCGGAGUGGUGACGUUUCUCUUCCUUGCUCGCUUGCGGUUCCAAUGGUCGACCUUGCAUCGUGUAUUGUCAAGUAUCGACAGGCUCGCCGUUGGAGCAAAUUUCCCAAAGCAAGCCGGCUACCCCCUCCGACCAGCCUCGGAGGGCCCGACGUACUACCGGAUGCAGAUGCAUUACGACAACCCGCAGCUGGUCGACGGGAUCCGCGACGGCUCCGGCCUCACGGUCUAUUACACGAGCAGGCUCCGUGCCUACGACAUGGGCACCAUCGUCUUCGGGCACGAGGUCAUCUACACGCAGCUCGUCCCACACGGAUUGAGCCACUUCAUGACCGUGGGACACUGUUCAGCGGAAUGCACGAAGAAGUUCCUCCCUCCUGAGGGGAUUCGCAUCUUCGCCGGACUCCUGCAUUCCCACCUCCUCGGGAGGAAGAUGAAAGCCCGCGUGUUCAGAGACGGGAAGGAACUUCCCUGGAUCCUCCACGACGAUCACUACGACUUCGACUACCAGCAGAGCCGCAUCCUAAGAGAGGAGUUCAACCUUCUUCCCGGCGAUCACGUCACCGUCGAAUGCGAACUGGACUCCUCGGCCCGGGACAACGCGACCCUCGGCGGACUGACGACCCACGACGAAAUGUGCGAGUUCUUCGUCACGUAUUACCCCAGGGUGGAGGGCAUGAACCUCUGCCUCUCGGCCGUGGGAUACGAGUACGUCCACGCGACCUUUGACCUCGGCGAUAUCCGACUCGACCCGUGA